UGUUCCCGGAUCAGACUCAAACACAGCAGUGGUAUGGCAGCCAGGAAACAGACAGCCAUUUUAUAAUCCGCAGCCAGUUUGUAAUAUUUGCAAUUUAAACGGCUUUUUCCCAUCUUUUAAUGAUGGGUCAGUGUGGAAUUACGUCGUCUAAAACCGUUUUGGUGUUCCUGAACCUGAUAUUUUGGGCCGCUGCUGGCAUUCUCUGCUAUGUUGGAGCCUAUGUGUUCAUCACGUAUGAUGACUAUGACCAUUUCUUUGAGGAUGUGUACACCCUGAUCCCAGCCGUUGUCAUCAUCGCAGUCGGAGCGCUGUUGUUCAUUAUUGGACUCAUUGGAUGCUUCGCCACUAUUCGAGAGAGCCGCUGCGGUCUUGCCACGUUUGUCAUCAUUCUUAUGCUGGUGUUUGUGACUGAGGUGGUUGUGGUGGUUCUUGGCUAUAUUUACAGAGCAAAGGUGGAAGACGAGGUCAAUCAGUCCAUCCAGAAAGUGUAUGAUGAAUACAACGGCACCAACACGGAUGCUCCCAGCCGCGCUAUUGACUAUGUGCAGAGACAGCUCCAUUGCUGUGGCAUCACCAACUACUCAGACUGGAAGAACACGCGCUGGUUUAAGGAGUCGAGAAACAACAGUGUGCCACUGAGCUGCUGCAAACCCAACGUGAACAACUGCACCGGCUCCCUCUCCCGUCCCGGAGACCUCUACCCUGAGGGAUGUGAAGCCCUGGUUGUGAAGAAACUGAAAGAGAUUAUGAUGUACGUCAUCUGGGCCGUUCUGACGUUUGCUGCAAUUCAGAUGCUGGGAAUGCUGUGCGCUUGUGUGGUGCUGUGUCGCAGACACCUAGACCCGGCCUACGAGCUUCUCAUCACUGGAGGGACGUAUGCAUGAAAAAACCUAGCAGACAGACUCUCUCUUUUCAUGCACACACAAACACACACACACUGGGCUCAGGGUUCUGUCGGUGUGAGGUGGCACACUGGAUAUGCCCUAAUUUAUGUCUCUUUCUACACGCCUUACACAGGGUUUGCUCACACAUUGCACUGGUGAUGGGUGUAACAAAGCGCAUACUAUUUAUUUAUACGCUGAAAAUGACUGCGUUUUAAUUUAAACCUUUGUUUUUUCUCUCAAAGGCGUCGGGCCAGACUGCAAAAUGGCAGACAGCCAGUUUUUAAUCCCGUUGAGAAGA